AGGUGCCCUCGGUCACCCCGUCGGGCUGAGUUCCGACACGAGGCCGGCGCGCCGCUGCAGUCCGCCCCCCGGACAAGACAUGGCGCCAGCCACCUCGGGCGCAUGCGCGGUGUGCCUGGCGCCCGCCACGCAGUGCUGCUCCAGCUGCCGCGCCACCUUCUACUGCCACCGCGACCACCAGCGCCAGCACUGGAAGGCGCACAAGGCCGAGUGCGCGCCGUACCGCGUGGAGGCGGACGAGGCGCUGGGGCGCCACCUGGUGGCGGCGCGCGACAUACGCGCCGGCGAGGUGAUCCUGCGCGAGGCGCCGCUCGUCGUGGGGCCCAAGGUGGCCUCCUACCCGGCCUGCCUGGGCUGCCUGCGGCGGGUGCGCGCGCAGCACGGCGCCUACCGCGAGUGCUCGGGCUGCGGCUGGCCCGUGUGCGGGCCCGCCUGCGAGGCGCUGCCCUGGCACGCGGACGAGUGCCGCCUCAUGAGGGCGCGCGGCCAUCGCGCGGCGCUGCCCUGUCCGCCGGGCGCGCCACGCAAGGAGGCAGCCUACUGCAGCAUCGCGCCGCUGCGCUGCCUGCUGCUCAAGACCUCCGACCCGGCCCGCCACGCCGAGCUGAUGGCGCUGCAGUCGCACUACGAGCGGCGCCGCGACACCUCGCUCUACAACCUGCUGAAGACGAGCCUGGUGGGCUUCCUGCGCGGCGACCUCGGGCUGGAAGAGUUCCCCGCCGAGGAGAUCCUGCGCGUGGCCGCCAUCCUCGACACGAACGCCUUCGAGGUGCGGCGCGAGGCGGGCGCCGUGGACGCGCGCGCCGUGUUCCCGCGGGCGUCGCUGCUGGCGCACGACUGCCGGCCCAACACGGAGCACGCGGUGGUGGGGCCCGGCUUCCACCUGGUGCUGGCGGCCACCGUGCCCAUCGCGCGCGGGCAGGUCAUCUCCACCUCGUACACGCGCGUGCUGUGGGGCACGCUGACCCGGCGCGCGCACCUCCGCGCGGCCCGCUGCUUCGACUGCGCCUGCGCCAGGUGCGCCGACCCCAGCGAGCUGGGCAGCUACCUGGGCUCCAUCUCGUGCGCCGCGUGCAAGCCCCGCGACUCGCGGCUCGUGUCCGCCGACCCGCUGGACGCCGCGGCGCCGUGGCGCUGCACCGCCUGCCCGCACUCCGUCCCGGGCCGCCGCAUGGCGUGGGGCAACGACGCCAUGCGCCAGGAGCUGGACGCCGUCGACAGGGCCAGCCCCGCCGGCAUGGAGGACUUCCUCGGCAAGUACGAGGGCGCGCUGCACCCCGGCAACUACCACGUCGUCGAGCUCAAGUACUCGCUGCUGCUGGCCUACGGCAACGUCGACGGCUACCUGCUUCAAGACCUCUCGGACGAGCAGCUGGACAGGAAGCUGGACCUGUGCCACGAGCUGCUGGACAUCGCGGACCUGCUGCGGCCCGGGCUGUCGCGGCUCAGGGGCACGCUGCUGUACGAGAUGCAGGCGGCCAUGGUGCUGCGGGCCAAGAGGGACUUCGAGCACGACCGCAUCACCAAGUCCGAAGCGCAGGACGUGAUGGGCGAGGCGAUGGCGCUGCUGCAGAGCGCCGCCGACAUCUUGCGCUCCGACCCCGACAUGGAGGCGCAGCUGCGGGAGCGACUGGCGGCGCUGGCGGCGAGCCUGGACGACACGUGAGCGCCAGCCAGACACAGCGGCCCGCCUCGUCAGGGGUGCGACGCCCGCCGGUGCUUCUAGCGCGGCGUCGCCUCUGAGCUGGCGCGCAGUCUCCUCGUCGUCCAGCGGCGUA